AUCUAGAAAGGAGGUGUGGCCAUUGAGUCCGUGUAGCGUAUGCCUGCGUUGAAAUAGGUAUUUCAGUUCAUUUCGGAAGAGCCCGCUGUUAGUAAUCAAAUUGAACGGGAUGGACGAGGAACAAAUGGGACCACAGACCUUUCUCUAUGGGUGCGAGUUGAAAUCUGGGAAGGAUGUUGUCUUCAACCCAGAAGAGGAUGACUUUGAGCACCAACUGGACCUAAGGAUGGUGUGUGUGGACCCCAGCACCAAGGAUGAGCUGCAUGUUGUGGAGGUGGAAGGACAGGACGCAGAGGGUGAGAAGGUGAAGGCUGUGCUAGCUGCGCUCAAACCCUCCACCUUGCCAAGUGUGUGUCUUAGUGGGUUCGCAAUCACAUCCCCAGCAGUUUUCCGUCUCAAGGCUGGUUCUGGUCCAAUCCACAUCAGUGGCCAGCACCUUGUCAUGAUGGGAGGAGACCAAACUUUUGACGAGGACGAUGAUGAAGAGGAAGGGGUACAAACGCCCAAGAAAAGGGCUGCAUCAGUACCAGCACUUAAAUCUCAGAAGAAGAUGAAGAUGGAUGACUAUGAGGAGGAUGACGAUGAUGAUGAUGAGGAGAGUGAGGCUGAAGAAACUCCUGUUAAGGUUAAGAAGACUCCGUCCAAACCUCAGACUCCUGCCCAGAAUGGAAAGGGCCCUAAAGCCAACACACCAGCUGGCAAACAGUCAAAUACGCCUGGUGACAAAAAUGGCCAGACCCCCAAAGCAACCCCUAAAACACCUCAGACCUCCAAACCAGUACUCACCAUCCCUGAGCUGAAGGCCAAGAUGAAAGCGACUAUGGAGAAGGGAGUGAACCUGCCUAAACUCCAGCCCAAGUUCGAGAGCUUUGUGAAGAACAGCUUCAGAGUCACAGACGCCAAGGCAAUGGCUGAACUGUGGAAGUGGAGACAGACUGUGGAAGACAAAAAAUAAAUAUUUUGGUAAACCUUUUUUGAUUUUAUUUUGCAACCCCCCCCCCCCCCCUCCUUGGCCUCUCCUGGCCCUUCCCAUGUCAAUCAAACUUCUGCAGCCCGUCCAGUCCCCAGUGUACUGCUGUGGCACACCGACUAAUAUGGAACUAAUGACUGAGCCCCUGACCCUACCAGCACCACGACCCUCUCAGAGGGUGGGAGGGGUGAUACUAUUCCAGCUUUCAUGUGGGUAGACCUGGGAAAACCCACUUGGAACAUAACAUUUUAUAAAUGUGUAAAAUACAUACUUGCUACUGUUUGAAUGUAGCAUUUUUAAAGUCUGGUCAGUUGGUUUUGAAGGACUGUCCCUCUGGCAGUUUGGAAGGUAUCUGUUCAUAUGCAUGUUCUUUUUGGGGGUAUGUUUGUAAAUGGGUCAAGUGACUUGAUGGCUGUUCAUGUCAUCCAUACGCUGUUGGUGUCUGGAUGCUCCUGUCAAUCCCUUCCAGAGGGUAGGUUCCUCAGGGUCUGAGAUGUUAACAUUGAACACUUAAUAUAAGACAAAAUGUUAACUGGUCCAAUCAGGUUUUAAGUCAUGCUCACGGUUUUAUAUUUUGCUAGAAGGGUAGAGCGAAGUAGCUAACACACCGGUGUCAGAUGUCGUCUGAAAGUUAAUAAAUAAUUAUAUUGUAUCAUACCUGCUUUGUGACCUUGUAACUUCUGUUCUAUUGAAUUGCUAUACAAUGUAAAAUUAACAGCUCUCUAGCCACAGGAAUAUUGAUCUGCAAUAAAAAAAAAUAUUGGGGGAA